UCGGAUGAUUCGAACGUGUUUUGACGACAUUAAUUCCGCAAGAUGUCGGUGCAACACAAAUGUGUUAUUAUCCAAAGAGGUUCGGAGUUUGACACGGACAUCGACAAGACCGAUCCUCAGGUUACGAAUCCGUGGAAAUGGAUUUGGAUGGAACACGUGGUAAAUGGGCAGAAAUUAGGCGACUCGAUUAGAAAAAUCCAGAAGCCAGGACACGCGAUGUGUAUCAUCUGCAGUAAGGAGUUAAAAUAUGGAAAACGUGGUCGAUUUUCCCUCGUACAGCAUGUGCAAAACCCUUCCCAUCUAUCCAUCGUGAACAUGAGGAAGAGCAACACUGUACUUCCAGGUCAGAAACAGCCAGAAUCAAGCACAGACACUACUUAUGGCAUUCAUCCAAUGUUAAAAAAGGCAGCAGAAAAUCCCAAAAGUAGCAUACCUGAACCACGAGUGUCACUGAUAGACAGAGUAUCCACUGCAGAAGCAACUGUCCUAGCCUUUGCUGCUGAGAAAUCAUUGCCGUAUGCAGUUGUUCCUGAUCUCGUUUCCCUAAGUAAGUCUCUGGCCAAGGAUAAGCAGGCUUUAGAUGGAAUCUCAAUGGACCGUACGUCAGCCUCAUAUAAAAUGACUUACGGACUGGGCAAAACCUUCCAAGAAGAAUGUGUUGAAGAUCUACAGACUUCAUUCUUUUCCUUGAACAUCGAUGAAUGCACAAGUGAAACAAACCUUCGCGUUGUGUCGGUAUUAGUUUGUUACUAUUCCGAUAAAGAUCAGAAAGUUGUAAUCAAACACCUGUCGUCAUUUGCAGUAACAAAGGUUGACAGCAAGACUCUGUAUCAAGAACUUGUGAGAUUGUUUGAAGAACUAAGACUGCCUUGGAAGAACCUGGUUUCCAUACUGAUGGAUAGUUGUAAUGUGAUGCGUGGAUCCAAAGGGGGACUAGAAACAUUGAUCAGAAAGAAAAAACAUGCUCGAUGUGGAUGGUGA